GGUUAUUAUCCGCUCCAUUCCUUUCUAGUCCCAUCCAUCCACACAGACACAUUGUUCACUCACCGAGUGUGAAGAAGGUUAGGGUUUAUGAUCCACACAGACACUCAUAAACUCAUUCCAAUUCCGCUUAUGUGCAGCAUUAUCUAGUAUCAAUCUGACAAAAACACCUGAAGAUGAAUGCUGAAUGUUCGUCUAACGCUCAACAAUUGUCUUCGACUACAAUCAACACACUUCCUCAAACCAUAAUAGAAAACAUCCUAUGUCUUUUACCAAUUCAAGAGGCAGCAAGGACAAGUAUCCUCUCAAGGGAAUGGAGGUACAAGUGGACCACUAUUCCCAAACUUGACUUUUGUUGGUCUGCUGUGCCGGAAAUUAGAACUCAAGAGAAUCAAACAUCUCACGUAGAACGGGCAAGGAAAAUUAUGGAACGGAGGCGUAAACUUUUCAAUGCUAUACCCCGAGUUCUGUUAAUGCACCAGGGUCCAAUACACGAGUUCAGCAUUGACUCGAUUGAAAACUGUGACUGUUUUGAACUUGAUCCAAUAAUAUUUCAUUUGUCUAGGAACCAUGCUGUCAAGAAAUUAAAACUAGCGUUUGAUUAUAUGUAUCCGCAUAAGUUGCCCUUAUGCGCCUUCUCUUUGCAUCAUUUAAGAGACCUACAUCUCUUUAAUGUUGUUAUUGACCAUCAACCAAUAUUCAGUGGAUUUGGUAGCCUUAGAAGCUUAUGCUUGUAUUCUGUAAAGAUCUCUAAAAAUGCUCUUCUUCAUCUUUUAUCUAAUUGUCCGUCGCUUAAGAGGUUCACUUUGCUAGGAUCUAUCUGUGAUAAAGAUUGCACAAUUAUUGAGCUAUUUGAUUGUCUACAUGUGAUUGAAGAUCUGACUAUCUACGGGGACACUCCCGAACUGCUUGUUCUAGACUCGGUUCCAAACGAGCUUCCAACCUCACUAAUCCACCUCAAGUACUUUUGUUUUAACGAACUGUAUUUCGGUGACGACCAUGGAUUAAUCUUUCUUCUUAUUUUGAUCAAAUGUUCCCCAAACUUGGAGAAAAUUGAGCUAGACAUUGCCGAGGGUAUUGGUGAUGACAAUGAGACGUUGUUUGGUAUAUUGGAAAAAUACUCAGAUGUUCGGUUGGAGCAUCUGAAGGAAUUGGAGAUUCACUAUUUCAGCAACUUGAAGCAUGAGAUGGAGCUUGUGACGGUUAUCUUGGCAAGGUCACCCAAGCUGAAGAAGGUGAUCAUACAUAGUUUGGUUGAAAAGGAUGAAGAGUCGGAUAUGUUAAAAAUUCUCUUACAAGCCUCACGCGCAUCACCUGUAGAAAUCGUUGUGAGAUCUAUGAUAGAUUAGUUGUAUUGCUACUUUUUUGUGUUUUCUUUCUGGUUAGUCUAUGGAGUUCUUUUGGAUGUUGGCAAUUACUCAACUAGGGUAUGUAUAUUCAUAAUGAUUAUUAAAUGAAUCAAAUCAUCCGAGUUAGAGCUCGUGUUUGUAAAAAUGUUUUCAAGUUAAACUUGAGCUUUAAAAA